CCGGAAGCGUGUGCUGCUGUAUGUCUGCUGUUGUUGACACUGCGUACCUAUAAGGAUGAAGCCGUUUGAUCGUUAUUCCUAGUUUAGUUGCAAAAGUUUGAGCUGCAUCUGUAGCCAUAUUACAAGUUUUAUUCAGUAAUAAUUUACAGUUUUGCCUUCUGAUCAGUUUGAUGUGGCUAACUGCUGCUCGUUUUACGGGGCUGCUAACAGAGAAGCUAACCGUGAACUAAUUUAGCUAAUGAGUAAAACUGCUUAAAUCCAUCUGACAGGAUGAACGUUUCACCUUGAAGAUCCGCUUUUAUUAAAGACAGACUGUUGAAUCAGGUUUUUUCAUACCCCUAAAAUCAAGAUGGCCGUAGAGCUCGAUGUGUUCGUCGGUAACACCACCAUCAUGGAUGAGGAGGUUUACCAGCUCUGGCUGGAUGGAUACACAGUGAAUGAUGCUGUGAAGGUGCGCAUGGCGGGAGGCGUGCUGGACGAGUGUGAAGCAAACCAGGAUGUUCUCCUGAGCGACACCAUGGACCAGUACAGGACCUUCCAGAUGUGUGAGCGUCUGCUGCAGAGUCCAGCUAAACUCGCAAACCAGCUGCUCUUCCAGAUCCCCCCUCACCGGCAAACCAUGCUCAUAGAGAGGUAUUACGCCUUUGAUGAUGCGUUUGUGCGUGAGGUCUUAGGAAAGAAACUCUCCAAAGGAACAAAGAAAGACUUGGACGACAUCGGCGCCAAGACAGGUGUGACUCUGAAAAGCUGCAGACGUCAGUUUGACAACUUCAAACGUGUUUUCAAAGUGGUGGAAGAGCUGAAGGGCCCCCUGGUGGAGAACAUACGUCAGCAUUUCCUUCUCUCUGACAAACUCGCAAGGGAUUACGCUGCCAUUGUUUUCUUUGCCAACAACCGUUUUGAGACGGGGAAGAAAAAGCUGCAGUUUCUCACCUUCCAGGACUUUGCUUUCUGCGCCGGGCAGCUUAUCAACAACUGGACGGUUGGGGCUGUCGACAACAUGGUGGAAGACAUGGACGUCGACCUGGACAAGGAGUUUUUACAGGAGCUGAAAGAGCUAAAGGUUUUAAUCACCGACAAAGAUCUGCUGGAUCAACACAAAAGUUUGGUCUGCACGGCUCUCAGAGGAAAAACGAAAGCUUUCGCAGAGAUGGAAGCUAAUUUUAAAAAUCUCUCCAGAGGCCUCGUCAACAUUGCCACAAAGUUAACAAACACCAAAGAUGUCAGAGAUUUCUUCAUUGAUCUUGUAGAGAAGUUCAUUGAGCCGUGCCGCUCAGACCGAUGGACAUCUGCGGACGUAAAACUCUACCUCACCCACUACACCAACUCGGCACACAUUCUGGACUCAUUCAAACACCAGGCUGUGUGGGACAGAUACAUGGGCGUGAUCAAAAGCUGCAUCUUCAAAAUGUAUCACGACUGAGGCGUUUCCCCUCCUCUCUGCUUUUUGUUUCCCGGUUCAUCGGCCCCCCUCGCUGAAGCCGUUAUUCUCUCUCUCUCUUCGUUUUGGCAGAGAUCCAUUUCUUACGUUCUGUGUUGCAUUAUUGCCGCAUUCAUUCUUGUGUUUCUGUAAAUUUGGUUUAUAAAUAAAAUAAAGGUUUUACCACUGGA